UACACCACGCCUACAUAACACCAUAAAAUUAACUCUUUGUUUACUCAAUUUAACUUCAGCUUUUUGGGGAGUACGAGACUAGGUUUUUUCCUACUCUUUUCUGCUCCUUUCUUCCUGCUAUCGUAAGGAAUAGUAGCUCCAAGAGUGAUACGUUUUAUCCAGCCAGACAUGGAAGCUUUAGCCAGGCCCUCAACUAAACAUCUGCGAUCCUUUCAUGGAGGACUCCCACCAGCCUCAGUGCCGCUGGCCGGCUGGCCCGCGGGACUAGUGACUCUUCUGUAAACUACCAAACGAGGUGACUCCACCAGUUGAGGCAGUUAUUCUUGUUCUCUCCUUCAUCUGGUCUCUACUCUUGUCCUCUUCCUAUGACUGAUGGAGGAGCUAGACUAAUUGAAUUGAGUUAUGCUGAUAUGUUGAAGAGAGUUGAUCCGUUACAUAAAAAAUUGAAAGAUUUGGAAACCAAAGCUGAGGACACUCAUCAAAAAGGAUAAGAAAUAACAAAAAUAAUAGCAGAACUUGAAGCCUCUAUAGCAAAAUAUAAAGAAGAAUAUGCAAUGGUUAUAUCUGAUGCUAGUGUUAUUAAGAAUGAUUUAUCAACUGUUGAGAAAAAGGUUGUUGGUCUUAAUGUCUCAUCAGCCACUACCCCUGAGCUAUUAUUAAAGAGGUUUGAUCAUUACUGUGAGUACAAGAGGGCUCCCAAUGGAGUUGUGAUGGCUCCUUCUCAACUCGGAAAGUGGCUGGUUCUCUUCUGUGACGAGAUUAACCUUCCAGACCUUGAAAAAUAUGGUACUCAGAGAAUAAUAUCGUUCUUACGUCAGAUUGUCAAGCACGGCGGAUUUUACAGUACCUCCGAUCACACGUGGGUGACAAUAGAGAGGAUACAGUUUGUAGGAGCGUGUAACCCACCGACUGACCGGGGAAGGAAACCACUGUCUCACAGGUACAGUAUGCUGUAG